AGAGCAUUCCAAGGUCGACCCGAGCCCAAGUGUUACUCUAUCACCCGGGGGUUCCGUAGGUCAAGAUGCUGGUCUUGGCCAGCAUUGGCUGGUGUAUAUAAAUUUUGACAAAAGAAAGACUUCGGUUAAAACUUUAAACCAAUUUUGGCAAGGCGGCGGCCAUAAGGUGAUGACCACUCGACGCGACGACAUGGCAUGGAUUAUGGGCUCCCACUGGCAGAUCCUUGUGAUCUUCGUGAUCCUACCCUUUCAAUUGGCCAGGGGAUUUGGCAACGAGUAUGUGCACAUCAAGGUGCAUGUGCCCAAAGGGGAGCCGUCGGCGGAGGAGUCGGCGCACAAGGUGAUCCACCACUACCACCACCAUCCGCAUCCCCAUCAGCUGCUCCGAAAUCGUGGCAGAGCGCGUCCCAAGCCGAGUCAUCUGCUGGAGAGCGUGAUCCUCUCGGAUCUGGACAAGCCGCUGCACCAGAGCGAGCAUGCGGACUACCUGAUUCACGCCAAGGAGCUGGCCGAUCAUCUGGCGGAGUCGUACGCCAAGAAGGCACCUCCGCCGCCUCCUCCUGCUCCUCCCAAGAAAAAGGUGAACACCUAUACUGUUAUAGAGGAGCAGCACAGCAGGCCACAUGGCGGCUACGACUACGUGGAUCACCAGGAGCCCAGUGUGGAGACAUACCGGGUGAUUGAAUCCCGGCCCAAGUUCCACCAUCCAGCGAAGAAGGAGCCGGAGGAGGAGGAGGAGGAGGACGACUUUUCCUAUCAUCACCAUCAUCGCUCCUUGGGCAUUGGCAACUAUGCGGAACCCGCUCCCGUGGAGGAGCAUGUGGACCAGGAGCCCGACUUGGGCUAUGUCUACCCACCACCGCCGCCGCCGCCGCCCAGCCACGCCUACAUCCCGCCCAGCCACAGUCACAGCCACGGCCAGGCGCAUCGCAACUCCAAAUCCAAUAGAGCACCAGCUUAUACCCUGGAAGCGCCGCAAGAAUCCUCCUAUGGAUACGAUUACUCCUCCGGAAGUAGCAGCGACUUCCGGCCAUCCGUUCAGGUUCCCUUCAGCGAUCCAGCGGAGGAGGAGGUGGAGGAGCCGAUGGACACCUAUGGUCCACCAAGCAGGCAUCGCAGGCCAUCCCAUUCCCAUUCCCACUCCCACUCCAAUUCUCUCGUGGAUUGGCCCGAGUCCAAGGGAUUCAACAGUGCCGCCGCGGAGACAUACAGCGGCGUCGAUAGCUACAAUGUGGGCCAUGUCCAAGGCUAUCCUGCCAGCGGCUACCAGUACAGUGGGCCCUAUCUGUAGGUGGACCAGCAUAGCACAUAAUCUAAGAUCUAUUUAUUGCAUUUUUUUUCGUAGCUUGUAAGUCAGUUGUAAGAUUAGAAAUGAUAAAUAUAUAAAAACUGAGAGAAAUGUUUGUUGAAAACUAAAUUGAUAUUAUACACAGUCAACAUUUAUAUUAAUCAUCAGAUAUCAAAUGAUAAAUGAUGAAUGCAUAAAUGUGCAUAAGAGAAAUGGUUUUU